AUGAUGAGUCAUUCUCAAAAUAACAUUCACUUUUUCAAGGUUAUUCUUGAAAGAAGCCUUAGAGAUGGAGAACUGCAAGUGCCAAGAAGUUUUGUGAAGAGGCACUGGCAAGAAAUAUCACCUGCUGUUUCUCUGAGGCUUCCAAACGGGACUGAAUGGAAAGUCUAUUGGCUGAAACGCGACGGCGAUGUUUAUUUUCGCAACGGUUGGAAAGAAUUUGCAGAACACUUGUCUUUGGAAGUGUCACAGAUUGUGUUGUUUGGGUACGAAGGAAAUUCGUGCUUCAAUGUGAUUGUGUUGGGUAAAAGCGCGUUAGAAAUAGAUUACCCUAAUUCCAAAGAUAAUAAUAAUACUCCUCUUGAUCAAGAAGAAGAAUGUGAAGAGGUUCAUGAAAGUGAUUAUGGUGAGAAGGGUAAAAGUGGACAUCCUGCAUUACCAGCACCUUCUAAGAAGAUGAAAACAUGUCCAAAUGAAGAACAUGCAAGUUUUUCCAAUGCUGAGAAUGGGAAUAGUGGAAGUGCUGACAAAGAGCUUAGUAACAGAAUCCAUGCUCUUUUUGAGAGAGUGGAGAAUUUUCAUCGUGAUAGUCACACUUUCAUAUGUGCAAUCCGAAAAUCAUACAUUGAGAGAGAUCUCCUGAUCAUACCAAACGACUUUGCUAGACUGCACCUGCACAAGAUGGAAGGUGAAAUGGUUACCCUUUAUGUCGACAACAAGGAAAGAACUUGGGAUGUUGAGUUAAAGCUCAACUCCUCUGCUCAAUUCACAUUUGCAAUUGGUUGGAGAAAAUUUUUGAGGGCCAAUAAUUUGAAAUUGGGUGAUGUUUGUGCUUUUGUUCUAGACAACAAAUCCAAUAAGAGAGUUUCACUCAAAGUUGUUAUUUAUGCUCUUGAGAAGUACACAAGCACUCUCCUCUUUCAUGGGCUUCCUCAAAGGCAUUCUCCAUCCCUCAAAUCCCCUAAAACUAGUAAAGUUGAAAGCAAAUAUAUGUCAAAGGAUGGUGGAUUCAACAUCAACAUAAAGCUUCCAAUAUUGUCUUCGGUGGCAAUACCAAUUAAGUACAUGAAGAAUUUUAUUUCAAAAAGCGACCAUGGAAAAAGUGUGACCUUGCGAGUUGGGAAUAAGAAAUGGACUGUGAAACUUCUUUACUAUGAACAUUUCUCCUCUGCAAGAUUUUCUCUAGGCUGGCCCGAAUUUGUGAAGGAGUGUGACUUGAAAACUGGUGAUGUUUGUCACUUUAAGAUGAUAGAUGAGAAAAACCUUGAGCUUCAAGUUACUAUAAAUUAG